AUGAAAGCCUUUAUUUUCUUUGCUUUACUUGUCGCCACCAGCAUUGGUUCCAUUAUGGCUGCUCCUUCAUCAGACAAGGUUGAUGAUCCAACAAAGGACCUUCCAAAGAUCGAUUGUAUCCAAGUCACAUAUCCUACAAAUGGCGUUGUCUGGACCACCGGAACAGUCUACAAUAUCACCUGGAAUGUCCUUUUUGAUUGUGUCUAUCCAAAGUCGGUAUACCUUGGAAAAGAUGUCAACAACCAGUUUGAAUUCGAUUAUCUGGUCAACAGCAACCUCAACAUCACUGCCGGACUGGCCUACAUCACUCUUCCUGAUGACAUUGAAAAGGUCUUUCAUGCAAUAGUCAUCGGCACAACUGAGUAUGGCCGUGUAAGAAUCAAUUCGAAAAUCGGGAUUCUUGUAGUGUAG